UGUUUGUGUGCAGCAUAGGCUGGUGUCCCACUGAUUGUAGCAUUGCCUCGAUGCUGUCUCUCCCAAAUUCUUGUAUGUUGUUGGAUGGUUAGUUAAACGAACAUGGAAAUCUUUUCUCUGCUCUUAUUGAUUUACUAUGUUUCUUCUCUAGCAUCGUCAAGCGUUUCCAUCAGACGUGAUACCAGAGAAGGACCAAAGAUAACAAGUCAACCACCUCUUGUCGUCGAGUUCACCAACAGCACAGGAUCUCUCGUUACAUGUUCUGCUCGUGGAAAUCCAACACCAAUCAUCCGCUGGAUAAAGACGGAUGGGACUGACGUCACUAGGAUCCAAGGUUUACGUCAUGUUCUGUCUAACGGAACGUUAUAUUUUCCGCCAUUUUCUGCUCGUUCUUAUCGACAAGACGUGCACAGCACAAUUAUCCAUUGCUCGGCAUCUAAUUCCCUAGGUACAGUCAUUAGUACCGCCAUACGAUUAACCGCCGGUGGAAGAUAUAGUGUAUAUCCGAGUGGACAACUUCACAUCAGAAAUGUGGGAAGUACUGAUGAUUUCACCAGCUAUCGCUGUAGAACUCGACAUCGCCUGACAGGCGAAACUCGAUUGAGCGAUUCUCAAGGAAGACUUGUUGUGACGGAUCCACAGAAUACAUUUCCUCCACGAAUAACUGAUAGUCGUUCUACUAUUGAAGGUCUUCUUCAUCAAACAGUCGAACUUCCUUGCGCUGCUCAGGGUCUACCAAUCCCUAAAUAUCGAUGGCACAAGGUAGAAGGAAAUGUUCUUACUCCAAUUUUAACAGGACAGAGAUUUGAACAACUUGGAGGCUCUCUGAUCAUUAAGGAUUUGCGACCAGAUGACGACAGUAAAUAUGUAUGUGUUAUGCGGAAUAAUGUGGGAGAGGAAAGAACUCAAACACGGCUGGUGGUGUCAGGUCACCUAACUGCAACUAUCGAACCAGUAGUUCAAACAGUCGAUGUUGGAAGAUCUACUAUAUUUAAUUGUACCAUCACCGGUUUUCCAGUUCACAACGUUUCCUGGUAUUUUAAUGGAAGACCCGUACCUAGCAAUAAUCACAGGCUUCAUACCACUUGGAAUGUUUUGAGAAUAUCUUCUGUUAGCAACGAAGAUGAAGGGAUGUAUCAGUGCUUCGCUUCAAAUUCUCAUUUUUCUACCCAGGCAACCAGUGAACUCAAAAUGGGAGAUAUAACACCAAAAUUCAUUGAAACUUUUACGGAACAAACGUAUCAACCCGGACCUUCGGUAUCUCUGAAGUGUAUAGCUAGUGGAUCACCUAAGCCCGAAAUAUCUUGGACUUUAGAUGGCAAUGUAAUUAAGCGUACUGGAAGAGUCAUUGUAGGAGAUUAUGUCACUAGUGAUGGAUUUGUCCUCAGUCACGUCAACAUCAGCAACGUCCGAGUAGAGGACGGGGGUUACUAUCGCUGUAAGGCCACAAACGGAGCCGGGACCAUUUUACAUCAAGCCAAGUUGAACGUAUUCGGUUUACCGUUCGUUCGACCUUUCGAUAAUGUGACUGCAGUUGCUAUGGAAACUUUAGUGGUGAUUUGCCGAGUAGCGGGUCAUCCAAUAGAUUCUAUCCACUGGGAGAAAGACGGACGUCGACUUCCAUUCAAUCACAGACAAAAAAUAUUUAGCAAUGGCACAAUGGAGAUUAUUCAAUUGGAUGCUGCUACUGAUACAGGAAUAUAUACAUGUAUAGCUAGAAAUCAACAGGGUCAGAGCGCCCAAGGGACUCUAGCUAUCAAUGUGCGAGUUCCUCCUUUGAUAGAACGUUUCUAUUUUGCCGAAAAUCUUCACGAAGGUAUGCGAACAAGAGUUUAUUGCAAUAUUGCAAGCGGCGAUCUUCCAAUAUCUGUCACUUGGUUGAAAGAUGGCGAAUCUAUUCCCGAAAACUUGGAUGUGAUCGUUAAAGACAUUGACACUUAUUCUGUAGCUUUGGCUAUCGAAAAACUUAACCCGAAACAUAAUGGAAAUUAUACUUGUGUUGCCAGCAACGCAGCCGCCACUGUCAACUCUACGGCACAAUUAGUCGUUAACGUAUUGCCUCAUUGGAUUAUUGAACCGGUGAAUACUUUUGUAGUACAAGGAAAUACAGUUAUGUUGAAUUGCAAAGCAGAUGGAUAUCCGACUCCUCAGAUUGUUUGGAAACGUGCCUCUGAAAAAACAGCUACUAAUUUUAAGCAAAUAUUAAGUGGACCGCAUUUUCAAGUGUUUGAAAAUGGGACGUUAAGAAUUACGGAUUCUUUGGCAGAAGAUGCUGGAUAUUAUUUAUGCCAAGCAACAAAUGGAAUUGGCGCAGGUCUGAGCACUGUAAUUUAUUUGACGGUACACGGUAAGCAAUUUCUUUUCAUUUUAAAAGCUAUUAUAAAAAUUAUUUCGUUACAUGAGCAAACUUUACCUACUGUUAAAGUUAUUGUGUGGUGUGAUGUAGAAAUUUUUGGAAUGAUUGGUCCAUAUUUCUUUGACGAAGAAGACGGGGCUGUGACAAUAAAUUCAGCUCGCUGCAUCGAAAUGCUUCCCAGCUUUCUUGAACUGGAGUUGAGCCAGUGUGGUGUUGAAUACCAGAAUCUGUGGUUUCAACAGGACGAGGCAACGGCUCAUACUGGAAGCAAUUCAAGGACUGCGGCGGAUAUGAAACGGAACAUCAAGAAUGAAGUGGCGACAAUUUCUCCUGAAAUAUACAAAUUAAAUGAAGAAAUAACUACUAAUGGAAUGAUAUCGGAGUUGAAAUUGCAAAGUAUUCAACGUGAAGAUUCUGCUCUGUACAGUUGUUUAGUAACGAAUGCUUUCGGUCACGAUGAAAUAACUAUACGACUUAUAGUACAAGAACGGCCAGAACCUCCUCAACAAGUAGAAGCUAAUCAUAAAGGUAGUCGACAUGUCACUUUGUCUUGGAAAGUGCCCUUUGAUGGACGUAGCACUAUAAUUCGUUACAUCGUAUAUUUUAAAAAUAAUUCAUCACCGUGGCCAGAAGGGUUAUCUAAUUUUAGUGUUGGAGGAGAUCAAACAUCAGUCAUUAUUCAUAAUCUUAAUCCUGCUUCGACUUACAAUUUUCGAUUAUUUGCUGAAAACAAAAUAGGACAAAGUGAACCAAGCAAAACAAUUACAGUAACAACAGAAGAGGAAAUUCCUGGAGGGCCUCCAACAAAUGUUUUAGUGAAAGCUUUAAGUUCUCAAUCACUUGAUGUUACUUGGGAGCCACCUGAAACCAGACUUCAACAUGGUGUAAUUCAAGGUUAUUAUGUUGGUUAUAAAGUUCAUAAUUCUAGUGAACCAUAUUUAUAUAAAACUUUAGGAGUGACAAAGAAUUUCCAAACCAAAUGCAAAUUAGAUAAUCUUCAAAAAUUCACAAAAUAUGAUAUUCUUGUUCAAGCCUAUAAUAUGCUGGGAGCUGGACCUAGAUCAGAUAAAAUAGUUGCUAUGACAAUGGAAGAUGGUAAGUUUAUAUUUUUUUAAAUUUAGGUAUUAUAUUAAUUUAUAUAUUUUUAUAAAUUUAAUCUGAAAAAAUCAAUUUAUGCUAAAAUAUUCAUAUUUUGUCUUCAAAUGC